CAAUCUGGUGCGCUUCAGUUGUUAUUAUUGAGUACAAAAGUGACCAUCAUUAUGGACGCAAAUAUAUUAUUGAGUGUGUUCAUUGUAAUAUUGACAGUUGGUAUUUGCAAAACUGCUGAAUUCCCCCAUGGAAGUACUGUAGCGGAAAUUUUCGAUGGAGGCAAAAUGCAUCCUGUCAAAAUAGGCUCGUGUAAAUUAGAUGCGAGAGAUAUAAAAGAUUGGAAAAUUAUCGGACAAAAAGGCGAAAAGGGAGACACAGGCGAACAGGGCGAGCAAGGACUCGCUGGAAUGCGAGGAUUAAAAGGACCACCAGGACGAAAUGGACUACCAGGUGUAAAUGGUACAAAAGGAGAGAAGGGUGAUACUGGUCUUGAUGGGCCGAUUGGUCUGAAAGGAGAGCCGGGCAGCAUAGGCCCAUCUGGAAAUCCUGGACUGGAUGGGAAGUGCCCAGAACGUUGUCCUUACCCUUAUCCUGAACCUUCUUUGGGAAAAGGGCCUGAGGGCAAAAAUGGUAUAGGCACUGAAUACCAACCAGCUAAUAAUUUGUGUCAUACAAUUAUUGAUCCAAUAGAAGGGGGCACUAAGAGUAUUGGAGAUACAAUUUGGGUGCGACCUGAAGACAGAUUUCAAGUAAAAUGUGACAAGGUCAAUCAUAUGACGUGUCUCCCCUUAUCACCGACAACAGAACACGACAAAUACGUUGUUAAUGAAACCGAACCGUUUUGGCUAAGUAAAAGAAAUUUUGAUUUGAAGAAAUUUUAUAAUGUGUCUAUGGACCGUAUCGCUUGGUUACAAAAGAGAUCUACGCAAGUAAAGCAAGUAAUAAGAUAUCAUUGCAAAAAUUCAUACGUCAUUGACCAACCUGGGACAGCUUUAGUUUUAAAGGGUUGGAACGAUAUUACUAUAGGCCAUGAAACGACUGAUUACAGCCCCUUGACAUACGCUUUCCUAAAUGAUAAUCAUGAAUGUACGCCUGAUGCCCCCAAAACGGAAUGGAAACACUCGGAUAUUAUGAUCAAGAGCAAAAUUGCUCGCCGUCUGCCAAUUAUUGACUUUCGUAUAAAAGAUAUCCGCAAAGAGUCGCAGAGCUUCUACUUGGAACUACGUGAAUUGUGCUUUGGAUGAGUGAAAAAAUCUAGUGAAAAACUAAAAAAUAAUCAUAAUUGUGACUAAACUGUUCGAUACCCGCGUUUCGUUAUGUCUUCGUGCAGUUUGCAUAAUUAUCUUAACUAGUGUCAAGUAUUUAUUUAUCAAUAAUCUUUAAAGUUCUUCUACAUAAAA